CCAAAUAAAGUUUUUAAUGUUUGUUAUGAUUAAUGAUUUGCAUAUAACACAAAUUUAACUGAUAGACCAAGACAGCUGUGUGAAACAAAAAUUAAACAAACAUCGACUUAAACUGAGUUAAGGUGAUUUAAUGCUUAAAAGUUUAAUUGUGCAGCAGCAGCAACAACAAGUGCAACAAUUGACACAAUUGGCAAUAAAUCAGCAGCCGCUUGAACUGAAGGCAGACAACGCAACAACGAACAAGGGAAAGAGGGAAGGAAGCAGUGCAGAGAAGAUAAACGAAAACGAAAACAAACAAAAAAGAAAAGAAAGAGAUACAAACGAGACAACUAGAAAAACAAACAAACAGACAGACAGACAGACAGACAGACAGGCGGGAGGCACUGCAUCAUCAGCAGCUGCAGAGGAGAAGACGGAGCAGCACGUCUUUGGUAUCAAUUUCGACUGAGCUAUUUUGGGUAGCUGUGAGAUACUUUGCGUAGCUGUAAGAGACUUGCCCACGCCAGCCAGGAAUGCAGCAUGUGGCCAUGUAAAGGCAGACAACAGCCA